AUGCCGUCCACUCCCACCACGUCCAGCUCGAAACGAAGCUCGAUUCAAAGCUCAGUUACCCGCAAGCCCUGGCUCCGGGCGUCGCCUCCGCCUCCAUUUGGAGUGGUGGCCUUGAGCUCUGGAACACCGUUCGUUACGGCAAUCAAUGGAGAAGUGAUGCCUGGCCAGUGGGAAUUCCAAGUCGGACCAUCUGUUGGCAUUUCAGCUGGAGACGAGCUGUGGAUAGCUCGUUGCAUAUUGGAGAGGAUCACUGAGAUUGCUGGAGUUGUUGUAUCAUUCGACCCCAAGCCCAUCGAGAUAUCAACUAUAUGGAAACAUUCUUAUAAAGUUGGUGAAUGGAGACCAUGUAUCAGCAAGUCUUUUGAAGAUGAUGUAAAUAAUCAUGUUGCUUUCCGACCUCCUCAUUCGUACCUACCAAUUUGUGAGGAUAGUAAGAAACCAUACGUGGGUAAAGUGUUCAAGACAUUGGAUGAAGCGUAUGAGUUUUAUUCUAUGUAUGGACAUGCAGCGGGCUUCGAUACUCGUAGGGGGGGUAUUAAAAGAGGCAAACAUCGACAAGUAUUGUAUCAAUACUUCAUCUGCAGAAGAGAAGGUGUGAAGCCGGACUCGAAGAAAGAUAUAUCAGAAUCAAGUGUUCAAAAGAAAAUACGACGCCGGAAACCAUCUACCAGAAAUGGCUGUAAGGCUCGUAUCACUGCAACACUUAAUGAUGAUGGCAAUUAUGUUUUCACCAGCUUCUCUGAAUUACACAAUCAUUCCCUCGUAACUGAAGAUGUUCGUCACCUUAUGAAAUUCAAUCGCAAAAUGGAUGAGUCACAUCAGAUGAUUAUGCUGAAGUGUGCCAAGUCCAAUAUUGGACCAGUGAGGGCAUUUCGUAUUUUUAAAGAACUGGUUGGAAGUUUUGAGGAAGUGGGGUGCACCAGCAAGGACUUUAAAAACCUAUCGUACAGCAUGAAUUCAUACGCGGAUGGUGUUGAUGCACAACUACUACUUGACAGGUUUCUAAGUAAACGUGAAACUGAUGAAGGUUUCAAGUGUGAAUAUUUAGUUGAUGAAACUCACAAGGUGAAGAGUUUGUUCUGGAGUGAUGCUGUUGCUGUUCAAAAUUACUCGUUGUUUGGUGAUGCGGUGUCCUUUGAUGCCACGUAUACAACGAACAGGUACGACAUGAUUUUUGCUCCAUUUACCGGCAAGGAUAAUCAUGGUGGGUGUGUUACAUUUGGAGCAGGGUUACUAACCAGAGAGGACGUGAAUUCAUACUCAUGGAUUUUAAAACAGUUUAUUGAAUGCAUAGGAACCGCUCCUGCAAUGAUUAUAACAGAUCAAGACCCAGCGUUGAAAAUUGCUGUUGAAAAUGUAAUGCCCAACACUAGACACAGGUUCUGUAUGUGGCAUAUCAUGAUGAAGCUUGCUCAAAAAUUGCCGAAUUCUUUACGAGAAGAUGCCGAACUGAAAAGCGAGAUACAUUCUGUCGUAUGGUCAGAAUUGGAUGAGCCAGUUGAUUUUGAAAGGAAAUGGACAGAAGUAUUAGAUCAGUAUGAGUUGACUGACAACACAUGGCUUGCCGAUAUGUUUUCACUCCGUUCGUAUUGGAUACCUGCCUACUUUCGAGAUUUGAGCAUGAGCAGCUUGUUUAGAACGACAUCAUUAUCCGAAAGCGAGAAUAGUUUUUUUCGAAGAUACUUGAAUCGGAAUUCCAAUCUCGCUGCAUUCUACAUUCACUUUGAGAGUGCUAUGGAGGCACAACGGCAUAAUUACAAACAGGCGUGCAUUGUAGAUCAGACAACGGUGCCCCAAUUGAAGACUCACACCCCACUGGAACACCAUGCCUCACUUAUAUACACCAGGAAUGUGUUUAUGGAUAUUCAAACGGAGAUCAUUGAGGCUGUUGAUAGAUGCCGCAUAAAGUCAAUGGAGACAGACGACGACGAGCAAUGGUACUCCGUAGAUGACAGAUCUAAUGGUGUGUUUAAGGUUGUGCAUAUAGCGUCUGAAGAAACCAUUACAUGCUCCUGCAAAAAGUUUGUGAUGGCUGCUAGUGCAGAAGUUAUAUCAACUAGCAACAUGAAGUCACGCAACAAGUCAUUGAUGGCAGAGGCUCUUCGUUGUAUUGGCAUUGCAGAAGGGAAUGACGAGCUAGCUGAUUCACUCUUAACAGAACUGAAACGUUGGGCAGAAAUUAAUUCAGACGGUGCACAAUGCUUGUCUCCGGCGAGCGGGAAGCAAAAAAUGUUUGAAUUAUUUUAUGGUUCGAAGAUCCCUUCAGUUGUAAUUGUUCAUCCACCAGAUGCCGUGAAGACUAAGGGAAGUGGCAAGAGAUUGAAGUCAACUUAUGAGGUACCAGCUGAAAAGGCGAAAAAACCAAAGAGAAGAUGCAGGAAAUGUCGCCGUCUAGUUAGACAUGAUUCCCGCAAUUGUGGUAAGGUUGUCGAAGAAGAGAGCGAUGAGGAGUGA